AGACUCUGCGUUGCCCUCGGCCGGCUACGCGCGUAGCCCGAGCUGCGGAGACCGGUGGCGCCUGACUCCAGAGCCUCGACGCCGAGAGCCGGCCCCGCCGCCCAGGGCAGGAGCAACGCGCUGCAGCCGGGGCCGAGGAGCAGCAGUGGCCCGCGCGCCCCCUGGCCCGGCGCCCCAAGCCGCCGACUCCUCACAGCCGCCCGCUCUCCGCAGGUGGCCACAGGCCGGAGUGACAUUGCCAUGGGCGGAGAGGUGCGCGUGCUGCUACUGCUGGGCCUGCUGCACUGGGUUGGGGGCAGCGAGGGCAGGAAGACCUGGCGGCGCCGUGGCCAGCAGCCUCCCCAGCCGCCGCCCCCGCCGCCGCCCCCGCAGCGGGCUGAGGUGGCGCCGGGCGCCGGGCAGCCGGUGGAGAGCUUCCCGCUGGACUUCACGGCCGUGGAGGGCAACAUGGACAGCUUUAUGGCGCAAGUCAAGAGCCUAGCACAAUCCCUGUACCCCUGCUCUGCGCAGCAGCUCAACGAGGACCUGCGCCUUCACCUCCUACUGAACACGUCCGUGACCUGCAAUGACGGCAGCCCCGCCGGCUACUACUUGAAGGAGUCCAAGGGCAGUCGGCGGUGGUUACUAUUUCUGGAAGGCGGCUGGUAUUGCUUCAACCGUGAGAACUGCGACUCCAGAUACAGCACUAUGCGGCGUCUCAUGAGCUCCAAAGACUGGCCGCACACACGCACAGGUACUGGGAUUCUAUCCUCCCAGCCAGAGGAGAACCCUCACUGGUGGAAUGCCAAUAUGGUCUUCAUCCCCUACUGCUCCAGUGACGUUUGGAGUGGGGCUUCACCCAAGCCUGAGAAGAAUGAGUACGCCUUUAUGGGCUCCCUCAUCAUCCAGGAGGUGGUGCGGGAGCUGCUGGGCAAGGGACUGAGUGGGGCAAAGGUGCUGCUGUUGGCUGGGAGCAGCGCUGGGGGCACCGGGGUGCUGUUGAAUGUAGAUCGCGUGGCCGAGCUUCUGGAGGAGUUGGGCUACCCAUCCAUCCAGGUGCGGGGCCUGGCGGACUCAGGCUGGUUCCUGGACAACAAACAGUAUCGCCGGUCGGACUGCAUCGAUACUAUCAACUGUGCACCCACAGAGGCCAUCCGCCGUGGCAUCAGGUACUGGAAUGGCAUAGUCCCAGAGCGCUGUCAGCGCCAGUUCAAGGAAGGGGAGGAAUGGAAUUGCUUCUUUGGCUACAAAGUAUACCCAACUCUGCGCUGUCCAGUGUUUGUGGUCCAGUGGCUUUUUGACGAGGCCCAGCUGACCGUGGAUAAUGUACAUCUCACUGGGCAGCCGGUUCAGGAGGGUCAAUGGCUAUACAUCCAGAAUCUGGGCCGAGAGCUGCGUGGCACACUCAAGGAUGUGCAGGCCAGCUUUGCCCCUGCCUGCCUCUCGCACGAGAUCAUCAUCCGGAGCUACUGGACAGAUGUCCAGGUGAAGGGGACCUCACUGCCCCGGGCGCUGCACUGCUGGGAUCGAAGCUUCCAUGACAGCCAUAAGGCCAGCAAAACCCCCGUGAAGGGCUGCCCCUUCCACCUGGUAGACAGUUGCCCCUGGCCCCACUGCAAUCCCUCAUGCCCUACCAUCCGGGACCAGUUUACAGGGCAAGAGAUGAACGUGGCGCAGUUCCUUAUGCACAUGGGCUUCGAUGUGCAGACGGUGGCUCAGCAGCAGGGCCUGGAGCCCAGCAAGCUGCUAGGGAUGUUGAGUAGCGGGAACUAGACCGCCUGGAGGAAGAAGCAGUACAGAGGGGCUGGUCCACUUGCUGUCCCAGGGGAGCUCAGCUCAACUCCCAAGCCCUUCUGCCACUCCCAGGACCCCCCUGGGUGUGGAUGCCAGACUGCCUUCAGGAGGCCUGGUCAGAGGAGUGGUGUUCUCUGAGCCCUGCCACAACUUGGGGGACCCUUCCCACCCCACAUCUGUUUCCCUAGCCCCCAGCCCAGUUUGGGGAGGGAGCCAGGGCAAAGCAAGCACUGGAUUCCUGAGCCCAUCAGCUCAGACGGUCCCUCCUAGCCCCCAGCUGAUCAUGCUCUUUUGUAUUAUUUUAUAAAGUGACUUUUUUAUUACUUUAAUUUUUAAAAAAUGGAAAUUAAGAAAUAUAUGAUGGAUGAUAUUGUUUUGUAACAUAUUUUUUCUUAAUAAUUAAAUAAAAAAAUAACAGAAGUUCA